UAAAGCCUCCAUUUUGCCAAGUCCCAUUCAUAUGCCCUGCGCCUCCUUCUCCUUCUCUGCGAUUCUGAGGCCGCAAACAUGCAGAUCUUCGUGAAAACCCUAACGGGUAAGACCAUUACCCUAGAGGUCGAGUCCUCUGACACCAUUGACAAUGUGAAGGCCAAGAUCCAAGACAAGGAGGGCAUUCCCCCAGACCAGCAGCGCCUCAUCUUCGCCGGAAAGCAGCUCGAGGACGGCCGAACCCUAGCAGAUUACAACAUCCAGAAGGAAUCGACCCUCCACCUUGUGCUUCGCCUCCGUGGUGGCGCCAAGAAGCGUAAGAAGAAGACCUACACCAAGCCAAAGAAGAUCAAGCACAAGAAGAAGAAGGUCAAGCUUGCGGUGCUCCAGUUCUACAAAGUUGAUGAUUCUGGGAAGGUCGACAGGCACUACUGCGGCAAGUGUGGGUUGACCUAUGUUUACCAGAAGGCUGGCGGUGAUUAGAGAUUUAGAGUUUUAAAUUUCAAAUAUAUCAUUUUGGAUUUUAAUUUUGCUGCUUUUUUUUUUUUAUGAUUGUAUUUUCGGUUUCAAUUACAUGCUUGAAAAACCUCUGAAACUUUAGGUAUUGUCGUUGUUUCAAUUGCAUAUGCCCGAUGGAAUGAUUAUCCUAAUUUUGUUAUGAUUCGUGUUCUACUGUUCGUUGGUUGAUUGAUAAUUGUGAAAUGAUGCUGGGUUUUGUUUUGAGAAA